CGAUAUUUUUUAAGAGAUGAUAUUUGUCCGAAGACCUGCGAGAAUUUCCGAGCACUAAGCACGGGUGAAAAAGGAUUUGGUUAUAAAGGAUGCUCCUUCUAUCGUGUUAUCCCUGGAUUUUGCGCAUGUAGUGGUGAUUUUGAAACAAAUAAUGCUAAUCGAAAAGGAGGGCAUUCAAUAUUUGAUGAAAAAUAUUUUGAAGAUGAAAAUUUUAUCUUAAAACAUGACAGUCGUGGAAUUUUAUCAAUGGAUAAUUAUGGGUGGCCAAAUACUGUAAGCUCACGAUUCUUCGUAACUUUCGAUGAAACACCAUGGAUGGAUGACUAUCAUGUAGUAUUUGGAAAAUUGAUAGAUGGCUUCGAUACAUUAGAUCGCUUAGAAUCUUAUGGAAUUCUCGAAGGAUAUGGAGCACAAAAAGGACGCACCACUGCAAAAAUUGUUAUUCAGAACUGUGGCCAAAUCCUUUGA